UAAAUGUCCUGACCAAAGAUUGUCCAGUUUCAUCGGUGGUUAGAGUUCCAAACGACGCCCUGUAGGACGUUAGAAAAGGUAGUGGUAGGAAACCUACCUUGUUAAAUUAAAGAGAGGCAAAUGUUCUCAAGAAAAAUAUGUCAGACAUAUUGUGCAAAUGGCUCAACGAGGACCUUCGACUGUCAAAGGUUAUCGAACGAAAUAACUUCGCCAAAGAGUUCUCCAAUGGUUACCUCAUUGGAGAAGUUUUACAGAAAUAUCAAAUCAUUAAUGAUGUCAGCAUCUUUAUGAAAAAAGACACUUCCACAUCCAAAAUGAACAAUUUUACACGCCUCGAGCCAACCCUCCAGCGACUGGGCAUCUCUUUUGACCAGGCCGCGGCCCAAGGACUGAUGAAGGAGAAGCCUGGUGCUGCCACGCAUCUUCUUUAUCAACUCUACGUCUCACUAGAAAAGCAGAAAAUGAGGAAAUUCGAAAUCAUGCAACCUGAUGCCCUGCAUAAAAUGGGUCUCCAAAAAUACUCCGAUAAAAAUGAUGGGGAGUUGAAGUUACAGAAAAUCAAUCAAGACUUCGAGAAGAGACAACCUCACUUCGACAAGUUAGCCCAGAAGAAGAGUCAACUCAAAGAUCAGGAUGAGAAAAGAGGCACAAACAUGAAGAAGUUUUCUCGUCCAAAAUACAGUGAUGUCGUGUCAAGCCAAAAUCAGUCCGCUGAUGCACAGGUUCCAAAACCGCCUCCCUACUCUUCACUGGUCAACAUGAGGCGGCAGAAACAUCAGCAGCGCAAAGAUCAGCAAGCAGAGAUAGUCAAGGCCGAAAUUGCAGAGUUUGAGAUAAACAGAAAGAAGCUGACCACCUCAGGCUUGACUUCUGCAUCUGGUGGUCUAGAUGGUCCACUCGGAGGUAGGACUCAAGGCAGUGCCGGAGAAAAUGAACUGACGCUCCAGUCCAGCAGCACAUAUAUUCAGGAGAUCCGCCAGAGGUUGCAGGAGAAUGUUGCUGCUUCUGAGCAGAGAGAAAAGAGACGAAUCAGAUGUCUGGUCGAGCAGCUCAAAGCCCAUUUGGCUCAAGAGGAAAGAUGGCGAGAAGAGCAACUGAUAAGAUGUCUGACAGGCCAGACUCAGCAAGAGAAGCGCUUAGCCGUGCAGCUACUCCAAAUGCGCAAGCAGAAGGAUGCCUUCCGGCAGAACCGCCUGCUGAUAGAACAGCAGUUCCAGCAACAGCGAGAGAAGGAAUUCCGAGAAGCUCUCGAAAGGGAAGCGGCUUUGACCCGUCAAGCUCAGCUGGACCGUGCAGAAGAGAUCCAACAGGAGCUAGAAUUCUGUAAGAAGAUGGCCGCCGAGUUUGCUCGCAACAGGUCCAUGAAGCAUUUUGAGAACUGCAAGGAGAUUUUGGAGCAAAUUAUAGACUUGGCCACCAAAGUUGGAGAAUAUCGCCUGCUCACCGCAAAUUUGAUUCCAGCAAAGCUGAUGCGUGAAUGGAAAGAAUUGCUGUUAAACGGUCUCCCUCUUUACGAGCAGCAGCAGCGGCCCACAUCGCCCGACCCUGUAGAGCUCCAGAAACAGGAGCUACUCAACAGUCAGGAUUACGAGGAGUAUGUUAACAUGGUUGGAGAAUGGGCGUGGACAGAGGAGGCCGGCGAGGCCAGCUCACCAGUUGUGCCGAGUCUCAACACGAUUCUCAGACAUAUCUUCUUGAAAAUGAGGAGCUUGAUCCCGUUAACGAGCCCGUCAGCAAUUACUGGCUACAAGCUCAAGGCGUGUGUGCUGGGCAAGUUCUGCUCUGGCAAAACCACCUGUCUGAAGAGCAUUGCUCAAGAUCUCAAAAUAUGUGUCCUAUCAGUGGACAGUCUAGUACAGGAGGCACUGAAUGCUCACCAAAGUAGAGAGAGGGGCAGAGAAGAUAAUGAAGAAAAGGAGAACGAACUAGUUGCAAUUCUGAAUACCGAUCUACAAAAAGAGGAAAUCUCACGCUUAAAUUUGUCAAUCCGAGCAUUACUGGGAAGAGCUGCCGCAGAGAAGCUGAGCAAAGGCAACGUCAUUCCUGAUGAGCUCUUGGUGGACAUUGUAGUGGAAGCUGUCAGCCAGGUUCCGUUUGAGUCGGGCUGGAUCUUGGAUGGCUUUCCAGUCAACGUAGAUCAGGCCCAUCUACUCGAGACGGCCAUCGGCUCUCUCGACAAGGGCUACGAAAUAAUGGAACGAAAGAUAGACCUCGCCAUCGAUCCGAAUCCUUCGCUGCCCCUGCCCCUGCCGCCUGCGCUGGACUUGGCUGUACUGCUGGACAUUCCUGAUCAGUGUGUCGCCAAGCGCGCAGUCAGUUACACCGAUGGAGGCAAACAUACUCCGGGUGCAAAAGGCUCGCCACAGGUUAACAACCGAUUGUUUAUUGCACAGAUUCCACAUAGGAUCACGUCCUUUCAGGAUAACUGGAUCAAACUUGAGAAAUGGUUUGCGAACGCUGGGAGGAAAAGUAUUUUGAUGCGUGUGAAUGCAGAUGUACCAAAGGAGGAGCUUUGCACGAUCAUGAGUAGUAUCCUACAGAAGGCUAUAUUGCAAAGACAGCAAGAUCCUUGGCAAUAUUUUCAGGAGGUUGAGUUAGAGACCCCGGUACCUGCACUGUCUCCCCCUUCUGCUGCGAGUUCCGUCCAAACGACAGCCGUCACAAAGGAAGACGAAUCCCAAUUGAGCCUUACCGAGGACCGAUCCAAUUCAGCCCCCCCAGCAGAUCAAGCCAACAGGACAUCCACCGACUCUACGGCCGACGAGGACUUGCGAGAAGAACCCUCUCCCACUCCUGCCUCACCCUGCCCGGGUUCUUCCGGCUGGGUCUACGUAGAUGAGCCACUCUCCUCAAGCAAAGCCGAGUUUCUGUGCCAACAGUGGGAAGCAGUUUGUGAUUCUUAUGUGAGCAGUGUCAAGGCCGUGAUGCAAGAGCUCCGCUUCGAGCGCACUGCUAUUGACCAACGCUUGUAUGACAUCAGAGAGGAGUUCAAGCAAUUCCUGGAGCGACCUGACCUGAAGCAGGAAUUAGUAUCUCAGUGGCAGAAAGUUUACAACAGCAUACCUGACGACCUGAGGAAAAACGAGGAGACCAAAGCAGAAUUAAUUCACCGUCUGGAAAACCUGUGCGAGCAUUUGUGGGACAUUAUCGACACGCACAAGGAGGACGAUGAGACACAACGGGCUGUGCUCAUUUGCGAGAAAUGGUUGGAGGAACACACCAUGAUCCUGGUCAACCAUCAUUUAAGACUCAUACAGGUGGAAAUGAGCCGUUUUCAGAGCACACACAAUAUUUUGCGGGACUACUAUCUGAGUGCGGGUCAACAGGAACACCUGGACUCCAUCCCCCUCCUUGACAUCGAAGAUGUAGGACCUGCAACGGUACUUCGUGAGAUCUUGAUCGCCAAACAUGACGAUGCCCUCACAGUUUUAAGUAAACUGGUGGCAACAGAACCUCAGCUGGUGGAUCUGAAAGCACAAGACAUUGAGAAAAUCCAAGAGAAGGAAAGAUCCCAGGAGAAGGAAAAGGAAAAAGAGAAGGAAAAGGAGAAAGAGAAGGAGAAUGCGACCAAAAAGAAAGACAAAGAUAAAAAACAGAAAGGCAGUGAAUUUGAUUAGCAUGAUGGCUCAAAACAGGUUUUCUAAAUGAUUUGAUAACGCAUAUUGUGCAUACAUUUUGUA